CAUCAAUUCUUUUUCUCUCUUCGCCGCCGACUAGCACACGACAUACAUGAUGAUGGUGCUGCUAUUCUGGGUUCAAUGGAGAUGGUGGCCAUGGUCGGUCGCUCCUUCCCAGAGCUGUCCAAGGAAAAUUGCAGGAGCAGGAGCAGGAGCAGGAGCAGGAGCAGGUAGAGGGGGCAUCUGAAUUCACCACCAACUCGCACUCAUUGUCCCGUCGCUGCGAUUGCCCUACAAAUUAGGACCAUCCAUCGCCAGCUUGACCAGCUCAACCAUUUGGGAAAGCACGCACGCUGCAUCUGGAAACCACCUACCUCCGGUACCUUCAAAGCUCAAGAAGCUCAAGACAAGCACACCUCACCAAACAAUACUUUUACUCUGGGAGAUUGCUCGUUACCUCUUCCGCAAUCGUCAUCCACAUCCACAUCCACCUCCAUCUCCACCUCCUCCCACCAGCAGUUUUUCCCUCCAGGCAUUCUUUUCACCUGAACUACAGUUACAAUUACACCACCACCCACAAGCUCCCGCUACAUACGGCAUCCUCAUCCUCCUUCCCACCCUCUACUCAAACUUGAGCUUCGACGGCCAUCACCACACAGCAACACCAUCAUCAUGGGCGGCGUUCGCGAUGUCAAGAUUGGCUAUGCGACCAGCAAUUCUGACAAGAGCAAUCCGCAACCUUCGCUCUCUUCCCAAGACAUUGCUAAUCUGAUCCCCCCAUUCCCUAGAGCUCGUCCAGAUACUCCUACCACUCCUCCCAAACCCGUGUACUCGCCCCGCCCCAACGUCCCUCCCGCUCGAUACAACAGUAUGGUUCUCAAUCAAGCAAAGGUCAAGUCCGUCCUAAGCGGCGACAGCCUCGUCUUGAGCGCCGUCGAUAAUCCUGAUCGCGAACGAAUUCUUUCCCUGGCAUACUGCACGUCGCCGCAUCUUAAAAAGGAUGGCGAUGAACAAUGGGCUUUCGAUUCACGCGAUGCGCUUCGAAAGUUGGUCGUAGGAAAGCUCGUCCAGUUCCAAGUCCUUUACACCAUUCCAAACACGAAGCGCGAAUACGGCAUUGUAUACCUGAAUGAUGGAACUAGACUACCUGAGAAGAUGGUCGAGGACGGCUGGCUCAAGCUUAGAGACGAUGCUGGCCGCAAGGAAGACUCUCCAGACGCUCUUUCGCAAUUAGACAGACUACGUUUACUCGAAGCCACUGCUCGAAGCGAAGACAAAGGCCAAUGGCAAUCAUCUGGAGGACGAAUCAAUGUUCAACAUGACAUGGGCAAUGCGCAAGCUUUUUUGGACAACUACAAGGGAGCAACUGUGGAUGGUCUGGUCGAGCGCGUACUGAGCGGCGACCGCAUGCUUGUGCGCUUGAUCAUCUCGCCCACGGAACAUAUCCAAGGUAAUAUGCUACCGAAAAUCUAGUCUGAUUUUCCCACUGACAUGGUUUAGUUAUGACAUUGGUUGCUGGAAUCCGUGCUCCUACCACUGAGAGAGUCAAUCCUUCCAACGGCCAGACGCAACCUGCGGAAGAAUAUGGCAAUGAGGCUCGUCGAUUCGUUGAGGAACGACUAUUACAGCGAAAUGUAAAAGUUGAUAUCCUUGGCCUCAGCCCACAGAACCAACUUGUUGCCUCGGUUCGCCAUCCUCGAGGCUCGAUCGCUAAGUUUCUUUUGGAGGCAGGCUUGGCAAGAUGUACAGAUUUCCACUCGACACUUCUUGGUGCUGAGAUGCCUGUUCUCCGCGAGGCAGAAAAGGUUGCCCAGUCAGGAAAGAAGGGUGUAUUUAAAGACCACGUCGCGAAGGCAGCCGGUGCAGGCAACCUUGAGGCUCACGUUACCAGAGUCUUCAGCGCUGAUGUCAUUUACGCACGAAACCGAGCAGGCGUCGAAAAGAGAAUUAAUCUUAGCAGUGUUCGAGGCCCUCGACCUUCAGAGGCAGCUGAAGCUCCGUUCCGAGACGAAGCAAAGGAAUUUUUAAGAAAGAAAGUUAUUGGUAAACACGUUCGAAUGAGCAUUGAUGGCUCACGUCCAGCAACCGGAGAGUAUGAUGCCAAGGAAGUUGCCACUGUCACUCUCAACGAUAAGAAUAUUGGAUUACUUCUUGUUCAGGAAGGUUGGUGUUCUGUGAUUCGUCACCGACGAGAUGACACUGAUCGUGCACCAAAUUACGAUGAACUUCUUGCUGCGCAGGAAACUGCAAAGGAAGAAAAGAAGGGAAUGUGGUCUGGAAAGCCUUCCAAGGCAAAGCAAUAUGUGGAUGUAUCCGAAUCUUUACAAAAGGCAAAGAUGCAAAUAGCAGGAUUACAACGUCAAAAGAAGAUUCCAGCUAUUGUUGAUUUCGUCAAGGGUGGCUCCAGAUUCGUGGUCCUCAUCCCAAGAGAAAAUAUCAAGCUCAACUUUGUUCUUGGCGGAAUCCGAGCACCAAAAUCCGCAAGAGGUCCAAACGAUAAAGCAGAGCCUUUUGGCCAAGAAGCACACGAUCUUGCCACCAAGCGAUUGACUCAACGAGACGUUGAGAUUGACGUGCACAACAUUGAUAAAGUCGGCGGCUUUAUCGGUGCACUUUAUAUUAACAAGGAAUCUUUUGCCAAAAUCCUCGUCGAUGAAGGCUUUGCUACCGUUCACGCCUACUCAGCCGAGCAAUCUGGAAACGCCACUGAGCUUCAAGCUGCCGAAAAGCGAGCAAAGGAGGCACGAAAGGGUCUCUGGGUCGACUGGGAUCCUUCUUUCGAUGUUGAAGAGGAUGACAGCGCUCCUACUAACGGAUCAAAUGUCGAAUCAGCCCCGGCCACUCGUGAAAAGGACUACCGUGAUAUCGUUGUCACCAACAUUGAUGAGGAUGGUAAGAUCAAGAUGCAAAUCAUCGGUACCGGCACAUCUGCUCUCGAGACCAUGAUGUCGCAAUUCAAAUCUUUCCACAUGAACUCGGCCAACAAGGGAGGUCUAUCAGGUCCACCCAAGACCGGAGAAUAUGUCGCAGCAAAGUUCUCGGCAGAUGGCGAAUGGUAUCGUGCUCGUAUACGUGCCAAUGACCGACCAGCAAAGGAGGCAGAAAUCGUCUAUGUUGAUUAUGGUAACAGCGAGAAGAAGCCUUGGUCUACUUUACGUCCUUUGGCCGCCCAGUUUUCUCCACAGAAGCUUCGACCACAAGCUGUUGAUGCCGUGCUUUCUUUGAUUCAACUUCCAACCAACAAGGAUUACCUAGAGGAUGCUAUCGGAUACAUCUCUGAGGCAACUGCUGGCAAGGAAUUGGUGGCCAAUGUUGAUUACACUGCACCCGAAGGCACUCUUUACGUCACUCUGUACGACCAAAACACGAGCCAGAAUUUGACUGAGAGCAUUAACACUGAUAUCAUCGAAAAUGGUCAUGCCAUGGUUCCUACUAAGUUGAAGCCAUGGGAGCGUAGUUUCGGCGACGUCCUCAAGACUUUGAGAGAGAAGCAAGAGGUUGCCAAGGAGAAGAGAUAUGGUAUGUGGGAGUAUGGUGAUAUCACUGAGGACUAGAUUUCUUGUGGUAUUUGGUACUAGUCGACUGAACGAUUAGCAAUUGGGAUGAUGGGUACUGCUUGCAGUUAGCCUCUCCUUUUGUUCUUGUUCUUCACUAGAGCAUUCCAUCUCCGCAUUCCAAUGUUUUCCUCCAACUGCCUCUUUUCGAUGAGACUCUUCCCUCGGUUCUUCCUAACCCUAUUGGUGUUUUCCUCUCACUCUUCUUUUUCUCGACAUGAAUGAAACGAAAACGAACUCGAAUUUUUUGUCUAUUGCAUUGCGUGCGUGGCAUGGGCUGGAUCACUUGGGCAGGGCGGAAAAGUUACACUUUGUUUUUGUUUUUCCUCCCCGGGACAAUUGAUGAUGGGGAGGCUGGGAUGGGAGAUGACUUGCAUAGAUGGAUAGAAUGAGUGGAAGAAUUGAAUUGAAAGAAAAGAACUUGACUGGAUAUGAUGUGGAUUUUUGCUGUGAUUUUGCUAUGUACGUGAUGUGACGAUGCUUCUUUUCUAAUGUUUCAUACGAGAUGGAUGAAUGGAAAU